CUGCGCUCCGAGAGGAAGCCCGCAGCGGACGCAACACGCCGAACAGGUCCAUCUGUGUUUCUCUCUCUUGCGCUGUGCUACACGCUGAAGAACAGGAUCCUACAAGCAGAUCUCAUCAGGUGUUUUUCCCACUGAGAGACUCUACAGGGCCCUGAAGCCUCUUCCUAAAUACACCACCAAUCGUCACUGGAGUACCACCACUUAAACAGGAGUAAGGAGUGACCCCUUCCCCUCUGGUUCAGAUGGCAGACGGUCGGCAGCCUGAGGACAGCGGCCCCCAGUGGUCAUCUCCGGGAGCACAGGGCUCAUCCCCCCCAGGUGGGCAUGGAGAGAACGGCUUCUCUUCUACCUACAGGACUUGCCAGCCUGGCGGUGCUCACGCUGGUUCUGCAACCUCCUACGCCAAAGAGAACGGCUUCAACGGAGACCUCACCUCUGGACACGCUGUGACUGCUGAGCAAGUAUCAGCGCGGAUCGUGCAGGAGGUUACGGCUGAAGCAGUAGCAGUACUGAAGGGAGAGCAGGAGCUGCAUCCGGACACUGCCGUCAGGCUGCCAUCAGUGGAGGACUCUGCAAACCUGCCGCCCUCACCUCCUCCGUCCCCAGCAGCAGAGCAUUUUGGGCCUUUGGAUCAAGAUGUAGGGGAUGAGGAGGAAGCAGGUCCUCUCCGCCGCUUCCAAAAUUCUCGCGAGAGGUGCAAGUUCCUCGCCCCCUCCAUCUCAGUGUCUGUGCCUGAGGAUGACCCCUACCACUCUGACGAGGAAUACUAUGAGCACCCUUUAUUCAGCCCAGAGUGGACGCGCUCUGGCUCUCGCCCCCCAGGGCAGGCCGCCGCGUUUAGACAGAUCGAAGAAGAGGAGACCAUAGAGAGUCUCUCAGCUGCGGAGGAGGAAGAGGAGGAGACUUCAGAAGCCGCAGCAACAGCAGCAGCUCUAGAGGAAGAGGAGGAGGAGGAGCAGUGGAGUGGGGAGGAGCCUGAGCAGGAACCCCCAUCUGAGCUCCUAGAGCGGGGAGAGGUCAUAGGCGAAGCACAGGCUCUGCCCGGCCUGCAGGCUGAGGUUCACACACAGGCAGCUACUGCUGCCGACGAGGCCCCUAAUGGUAGAGCUGAGGAGGCAGGGGGGCAAGAAAGCCCUGCAGAAGCUGUGAAGAUGGAAGCAGAACGACCGGACAGUGAGAGGACAGAUCCCAUUGGCAUGGACUUCACUGAAUCUGCAGUGCAUCUAGAUGAUGAACUCCCAUCUUACCAGAGCCUUGCCAGAGACACAGAUAUGCCAGAAAGCCCCUUUGCUCGAACAUGCCCCAUGGAGGAUUUUGAAAUGCCUCCAAGUGACCAGGUUCAUGCCAAAGAACCUUGCGAGGCUCCAACUGAAAAGCCCGAUGGACAAAGUGGUGCUGUGAAACAGCCUUCAACUGAAACGUGUGAAUCCAGCAAUAUCCAUGAGGUCAAACCAGAGCAAAUUCAAGACAAACAAAUGGAAAUAACAACGGAGGGGGAUGUGAAAGACAAAUCUGGCAUGUCUGCUUAUUUUGAGACCACUACAAUUAAGACAGAUGCCUCUGGGUCUCAAGGAGAAGGGUAUUAUGAGCUGAGUACUAAAUCAGAUGAACAAAAGGACUCUGUUGGUAACCUACCACUUCCUGAAAUCAGCUACAGCACCUUGGCUCAAACACAGUCUUUGGAAGUCCAACCAGAUCAGAAAAGUAGUGUAGACACACUCCACGCCACUUCACCUGUAGACAGAAGAGAUGACUGCAGACUAUCUCCUGGGAAACUAGCACUAGAGCAACGAAGUUACUCUUUAAAUAUUACCAUUGGGGCAAUGGAUCAUGGCGAUGCCCAAGGACUCCCAAGAAACUUCUCUCCGUUAGCCACUGACAUCAUGUCUCAUACUAGUGGAAGCCUUGACGAAUCUGCCGAUUACCUUCCUGUCACCACUCCCUCAGUAGAGAAGCUCCCUCAAUUUCCACCACUGAUCCUGGAGACAGCUGCCUCUGCCAUAAGUCCAUCAUCUUCACCUCCCCUGGCAACAGUCACUGAUGUAAAGAUGAGUCCACAGACAGAGUCUCCAGAAUCCCCUGUCCAAGCUAAGAGCUGUUACAAGAAUGGCACCGUCAUGGCCCCAGACCUGCCUGAAAUGUUGGACCUGGCAGGUACUCGAUCAAGGUUGACAUCUGACAACACAGACCAAGAGAUUAUGAGAAGGAAGUCUGUCCCAAUGGACAUGUCUUCUCUAGUAAGUGAUUCUUUAGCACAUUUGUUCAAAGGUGAACACGGCCAGAUGGCUACAAAGAGAGAAAUGCAGUUGGAGGAGCAAGGAUAUUGCGUCUUUAGUGAAUACUCUGGUCCUAUGCCGUCACCUGCAGAUGUGCACAGUCCAAUGGACUCAUCUCCUCAAAUCUUCAACACUGUGAUAUCAGAGGAGAAGGAAACUGGUCUUGUUGCAGUUGGAAAACAGGAGAGUCUAACAACUGAAGAUCUAAAAGCAACAGAGGUUGUUGCACCACAGGCAAAACCAGAAGAAGAAAAGCCAAGGAGUGAAGAUUCCUUUGAAACUGAGAGUGCGGCUUCUGAAAAACCUUCUGAAAAACCUUCUGAAAAACCUUCUGAAAAACCUUCUGUGGAGACUAAGCAAGAGGAGUCUGAUCUUUUGAAGACUGAGCAAUUGGAAGAAACCAAGAGUCCAACUGUACCUGAUAAUGAAAAAGGACAGGUAGAAAAACAACCUGAAACCUUUAUCACACCAAAGGUAACUGUUACUCUUGAAGAAGCAAAGCCUGAUCUGGAUGCAGAUUCCAAACUUGCAGCUGAAACCGAAGCAGAAAUUGCUGACUAUGAGAGGCAAAUUCGCAAAUUGGAGAUGGAGGACCGACCUUUGAGUGUUGAGGAGGAACGGGAGCUCCAGGAACUCAGGGAGAAGGUGAAGAAUAAACCAGACCUUGUGCAUCAGGAAGCUUAUGAAGAGGUGGAUGCAGAAGAUGUGUACCAGCUCACCGGAGCUGCGAAGGACCGAAUUGCUCGGCCCAUCAGACCAUCCCCAGCAUCUUCUGUAGAAAGUGCAACUGAUGAGGAGAAAAUGCAUCUUAGUGACUCUGAAAAACCUAGAUCACCAGGUGAGAAAGAGGCUCUUAAAACAGAUCCUAACAGAUUAUCUCCAGUUGGGUCUUUUGAGAAGUAUUUUAGAGAAGAGAGACCUUCUGAGCAAGAGGUAAAGCAGAAAGACUCAGUGCAGCCGCUCAAAGAGAAAGUUCCUGAGGAGAAACCUCAGCCACCUCCUUCAAAGACAGACGAGGCUCCUCCUGAGGCCAAUGUGACUCAAGAAGUAGAGGAAGAGGUAGAGCUUGCUGAGGAGCCUGAUGAGGUCAUGCCAGAACCAACACCAGCUCCUAAUGUGGAAGAGAAGCCAGUGGAAGAGAAGCGAGUGGAAGAGAAGCCAGUGGAAGAGAAGCCAGUGGAAGAGAAGCCAGUGGAAGAAAAGCCAGUGGAAGAAAAGCCAGUGGAAGAAAAGCCUGAACCAGUUGAGGUUGUGGUUGAAAAAGAGGAGGAAAAAGUGGUUGAAAAAGAAGAAGCUGAAGACGAGGAAGUCUUGGAAGGGGCCAAGGCUGCAGAAGACACUGUUGAGCCCAGAGCUGCGAUUGAGUCAGUAGUGACAGUGGAAGAUGAUUUUAUUACGGUAGUGCAGACAAUCGAUGAGAGCGAAGUCUCUGGACACAGUGUACGCUUCUCAGCUCCCUCUGAGGAGGAACAUCCACAGCUCCUCCAAGAGGAGGAAGAGGAGGAGGGUGUAGAAAUGGCACAGGAAGUUGAGAUGGAGGCUCCCAGUUUGGAGGAAGUCAUAGAUGUUCCAGAGCCUGUUGAGCCUCCUUUAUGUCCAGCUAAAGAGAUAGAAGUACCAGAGAGCGAGGCCCCAACCCAAAGCUAUGAUGACUACAAAGAUGAAACCACUAUCGAUGACUCCAUCUUAGACAGCUCCUGGGUGGAUACUCAAGAUGAUGAUAAGAGCAUGGCCACAGAGAAAAUUGAACCUCUACCCAGAAUGAUGAGCCCUGUCAAGAAACCACCCGCAGAGAAACCAGUGAAACAAAGGGGUAAAGGUGGAAGGACCAAGGGACGCAUCACCACCCCUGAACGCAAACCUGUUCGCAAGGAGCCAAUACCCAUCCAGAAGGAUGAGUUGAAGAAGAAAAAAGCUGUGAUUAAGAAGGCUGAGCUCACAAAAAAAUCUGAUAUUCAGACGUGCUCUCCUUCCCGGAAGAGUGUUUUAAAGGCCACCGUAAGGCACCCCAGACCUACCCAACAUCAUGCGUGUGUUAAGCGGAAACCCACAGUGUCUGCAGACGGUCGACUGCCCUUUAGUGUGGCCAGGCACUCCAGAGACCGGGCAUCUACCUCCAAUCCCACAACACUAACAAAGAUCCCCACCUCUAAAAUUCGGGCCGAGGCUUUGCUGCCGGCCCGGCCAAACUCGGCCGGCUCCUCCAAUAAAAGGAGCCUGUUGGUGGAGGCAGAUCUUUAUGAGCCCCGCCCUUCUUCAGCGGGCCCACAAGUAUCACAAAAUUCAUAUGCUGUAAAGGAUGGUGGUUCUCGGAGCCCAGAGAAGAGGUCGUCCCUUCCACGGCCAGCAUCCAUACUAACCCGCCGUCCACACAUGGCUGAUCAUGAGGAGAGCUCCACUUCCAUUACCAGCUCUGGGUCCACAGCACCACGCAGGCCCACAUCGUUCCGUACUGAAGUCAAAGCAGAGCACAGGACAGGCAGGUCUCAUAGUAUGACAGGCGUCGAGACUGCUCGGUCCCGCUCGGCCCGCAGUGGCACCUCCACACCCCGCACGCCCGGGUCCACGGCCAUCACCCCUGGCACCCCUCCCAGCUACUCGUGCCGUACUCCAGGCACCCCCCACACUCCGGGCACCCCCAAAUCUCUCAGCCUGCUGUCCCAGGAAAAGAAAGUGGCCAUCAUCCGAACACCUCCGAAAUCCCCGGCGACUACACCCAAACAGCUGCGCGUCAUUAACCAGCCACUGCCUGACCUCAAGAACGUCAAAUCCAAGAUCGGUUCUACUGACAACAUCAAGUACCAGCCCAAGGGGGGCCAGAUUCAAAUUUUAAACAAGAAGCUGGACUUCAGUCACGUACAGUCAAAGUGCGGAUCCAAGGAUAAUCUGAAGCAUUCGCCCCGUGGAGGCAAUGUUCAUAUUCAGUCUAAGAAGAUUGAUCUUAGUCAUGUGACCUCUAAGUGCGGAUCAUUGGACAACAUCCGCCACAGGCCAGGCGGUGGUAAUGUGCGCAUAGAGAGCGUGAAGCUGGACUUCAGAGAAAAAGCCCAUGCAAAGGUGGGCUCCCUGGAUAAUGCCCACCAUAUGCCUGGAGGAGGACAUGUACAGAUCGAAAGCCAUAAGCUGAUGUUCCGUGAUGUGGCUAAAGCACGCGUGGAUCACGGAGCGGAGAUUAUGAUCGAGACACUCAGGCUGUCGGGCGGCACCUCUCCUCACCGGCACAGCCACAUGUCCUCGUCCGGAAGCAUCAACAUGCUCGAGUCGCCACAGCUGGCCACGCUGGCCGAGGAUGUGACCGCCGCCCUGGCCAAACAAGGCUUGUGAAUUCCCCAAAAGUCUCUGUUUGAUCUCCAGUAGUCCCCUUCAGUGGUGUCACAGUUCACCUUUCCUCCCUCUGGUAUUUAUGGAAGACUACAAAUUCACUUCCCAUUUUCACACUUCCCUAUUCAUCAACCAACAGUCUCGCAGUACCCUGUUGUGACUAUCUGAAAUGGAAAAAAAUUGAUCUGUUUUUUUUUUUGUUUUGGUUAUUUUAAUGAAUAAUGAAUUAGCUAGAGAGGUACCAGUGCUUUUUAUUACCCAUGUUACAUGUGACUUUUUAUGGUUGUGUACAGACAGUGGCCUCAAAAGCUGGUUUAGGGUCAGUGUCAAGCGUGUUGCGUAAAAGUCGGUUUUAUAUAUGGGAAUGUGGCGCGACGAUCUCAUGCUGCACGUGUUAUUUUGCCCAUUCAGUGCAUGGACUCUAAAACAUCUCAACUGCGAGUCACGUACGAUCAAACACGAUAUACACUAUAAGGGAAUAUAUUUAUAAUUAUGCCAGCUCUUUGUCUCAACAUCUCAUGCUCAAUCAAAAAAAAAGAAACGAUUACUCCUCCGGUAACUUAUACCUGUACAAUUGCAUUAAAAAAAAAAAAAAAAACACUAGAUAGUAUGACGAGCAUGUAUUCUAGUACACAAAAGAGGCUAUUUUCUAUUUCAAGGGAUUUUAGUAAGUUAUUUGCUGAAACAUUGAAUAAAAUGAACACAUCAUGUUUUGUAGAUACUAGCGACGAUGUUUAGCUUGUACAUUAUUUCGGAUGACCGCACCCCUGCUUUUGCUGUCGUUAAGAAACCGUUGCUUCCGUGGAUCUUUGUCGGUUAAACACAGUUUAAGCAGAUUCGUGCUUCGAUUUACACGAGACGAUGACGUUACGGUUACGCAAAGAUAUUCAAGGGCUCCGGGUGUACGUGAAUCAUGUAAGACCUGCUCGUAGGGAGCAGCUCCUCGGGACUCUGUCGGUGUGUUAGGCCCUGUGUUCGUUUGCGAUUCCUGCUUGGAUGCUUAGUUUUCUUUCUUAGGAAGUGGAAAAAGAAACAGACAAAUCAAAACAUUAAAAAGGAAA